AUGAAUAUUCAAAAUUACUCAAGCAAAGACGACAAAAAGAAAACAUUAUUGAAACCAAGAAUACGAUCCUCAAGCAAAGAAGCUACUUAGCAACUCACUCAACCAAGAAUUGCAAUUUAAAAUCCUCCUGUGUAUAGAAACACAACAGCUGAUAAACAUAGAAAACACUCAGUAGAUAAUAAAAAACAAGUAAAGCAAAAAAAGAAGAAAAAGACUCAAAAGAACUUGUAACAAUUGGAUAAUUAGGAGGAGUAAAGAUUAUUAGAGGAAGAAUAGAAGAGAAUUAGAGAUCUAGAAGAAUUUUAAAGAUAAUAAUGGGAGAAAAUGAGUUAGGAAGAACGAGAUAGAUUAAAAAAUGAGGAAAACGAUAGAGUUUAAAUAGAAAUGAAUUGGGAUAAGGAAAUUCAUGAAUACAAAAAGAAAUGUUUAGAAAUCGAGGAAUGGAAUAACUAUAUAUCCUGUAAUACUCAAAUAGAUGCCAGAUCUGAAAAAGAUUUAAACACAGUAAUUUAUCAACUAAGUACGAGUAAUGAUGAUAUUUCAUUGAAUUACAAAUAGAUUGAAUAUAUUUCAACAAUAAUUUUCCUGAUCCAAGUAGCUCAUUAAUAAGACUUAAGUCAAUCAAUAUUAAAUAAGCAGGACCAUUAUUUUAGAUAUAUUGAAAAACUAAAAUCAAUUUAGAGUAGUAAAAUAUAUGAAAUAAUAAAACACUUUUAUAUUCAUUACGAGAAUUACUUGGAUGAAUUGAAUCACAUCUUGAAACAUUAAUACUUUUUGUUGGAAUUUAAUCAAGAAACCCAAUAAAGGAUUUUAUAAAAAAUCGCAUAAAAGCCUGAGGAUAGAGUCAAAUAUGAAAUCUUAAAAUAUACAGAAUUCAGUAACUCAUUUAAAGCAGCAUUUUGGUAUUGUCCCUUAUCUAAGAUCGGAUAUAGAAUAAAGCCCAUUGACUUCUCUCAAAUAUCCAAUCUUUAAAUUGAAAUUCCAAGAUAAUUGGCUGGACAAAGCUUAAUUUAUUAUGUAACAUGGACAAAUCAUGAUCCGUAUGUACAAUAUAAAUAAUACACAUAAUAUUUACCAAUAGGUGGAAUAUUUUAAAAUUGUUGUGUUAACUUACCUAAAUUAUCAAAGAAAACUAAUGGCUGGACACUCAAGCCUACAUUUACAGAUUCUUAAUUAUAGCCUUUAAAAUUGGCUUAAGGAUUCUAGUCUUAUAGUUGUUUCUUUUAAAUAACCAAUUCGUACUAUUUAUAAGAUGCAAGCAAAUUAUUUGUGGUAACAUUUUAAAAUGGUAAUUGGACUCAAGAAGGAAUAGAAGAUUUGAAAGUGAAUCUAGACACUCGAUCUGUUUCAUUUUCGUUGAAGAAUCAAUCUCCAUUUAUGUUAGCCACAUUAAAAUUUGCUGAUUUUCCAUUUAAAACCUGGAAAGUCAGUUCUCUAUCUCCUGAUAAAGUAUAUGUAAAUAUCAUAACCUAAAGAGAUAUUAAUAUUGGAAUAUAAUUAGACAGCAAACUAUCAAAAUUAGUAAAACCUACUAGUCUUGCCUAAUAAUAUUUUUAAGAACCUAUGCCGAUCAUAGAAUUAUUAUUAAAAUUAAGAAAUGUUGGAAUCAAUUUGAUAGCCCAAGAGGAAGAUGCAAUCUGUUUGUAAACUGUGUUUAAAAGAUCUGAAGUUGAAAAUCAAGUAUUAUUAAAUUUAAUGUAAACACUAAGAGUUUAUUCCUUCAAAUAAUCAAAAUGGAAUUAAAAAUGUGGUUCAGAUUAAAUUAUUAUUCAGUUUAUUGAGAAUCCUAAUUUUAAUUAAGAUUUUGAAGGAGAUGAUGAAUUUAAAUGGAGAAAUUUAGAAUUCCAAUUGAAUAAAGUAUCCCUUCUGGAGGGUAAUGAUAAUAGUGAUAAGUUUUCAUCAAAAUGGUUUAAAAAUACUGUUAGUCAUGCUAAUUUAUUAAUUUUAAUUCAACAGCAUUAAAUCACUCCACCAGAAUUAUAAUUUUAUAUGGAAGAAAUUCAGAAUGUUGAAUUAAGAUCAAACCUUAGAACAAUGCUGAAAGUAAUGAGACUUUUAUCAAUUAAUUGA